AUGGACUCAACGCUCUUUGAAGAAUGGGUCAGGGAACUUGAUGAAAAAAUGGAGAAUGACAAUCGUAGGAUCGCCCUCAUCAUUGACAACUGCACAGCUCAUCCAGAAAUCGGGGGGUUAAGAGCAAUUGAUAUUUUUUUCCUUCCUCCUAACACCACCUCCGUCCUUCAGCCAAUGGACCAAGGAGUAAUCCGUUCUUUGAAAGCAAAGUACACAGUGAAAGUGAUCCAAAAGAUGAUUGAAGCAAUUGACAAGAAAAAGGAACUCCCUCAAGUUUCACUGUUGGAUGCAAUGAAGAUGCUGGUGUUGGCUUGGGAUGAGGUAACAGAGAAAACCGUUCAAAACUGCUUCAAAAAAGCUGGAUUUACUGAGAUCGAUGAAAACACGCUAUCAUCCAACGAUCCGUUUCAUGUCGCCUCUUUCGAUGACGCAGUUUCUGUAACUCAAGGUUUCGAUGAAGAAAUCUUGUCGGAUAUUCUGGGAAAUGAGGUCGAGGAAAUGCAAGACGAAGAGGAUAAUGGAGCUAGCCCUUUGGAGAAACCAACCACAUCUCAAUUACACGAUGCCAUUGAUACCUUGAUGAACUACUCCAUGAUGAUUGACACGACCGAACUAAAAGCACUUACGAUCAAAGUUUCUAGAAUUGUUGAAAAUGAAGUAAUAGUUGGUUCCAGGCAAAGCAAAUAG